AGCUGUCGCCUAUCCUCCGCCUGCGUCAACGCGGGAGGCCUCCCCGGUCGCCGAUUUACCCUCGGAGUCCAUCAAAAUCCAAUCUUUAUGCGCUGGCUACCUUCUUCUUCAGCCGGAACAGCAAGAUUUCGAUCUAGGUCAUCGCUGAAUCACUAUACUCCCCUUAUCUAAUCUCGGAUCCCACUUUCCUGCUCGAAAAGGGCUUUUCUUUUUGCCCCUUAUCGCGAUUUCAAUCGCUUCUGCCAGAUUAGGGCUUUUACGGAUUUGCGUAAAGAUCGGCAUCGCUCUUUCAAGUCGAAACCAUGGGAUGUUGAAUCGAAGAUUCUCUUUCUAGCGGAAGUUAUUUGGAAUGGCCGAAGAGGAUUUGAUUGAGCUCAAAUUUAGACUCUUUGAUGGCACCGACAUCGGGCCGACCAAGUAUAAGCCUUCCACCACCGUUCAGUCUCUCAAAGAAUUCGUAAUCUCUCGAUGGCCUCAAGACAAAGAAAUUGCCCCAAGAACAAUAAAUGAUGUGAAGCUCAUAAAUGCUGGAAAAAUACUGGAUAACCACCUGACUAUUGCUGAGUCGAGGGUAUCUGUUGGUGAGCUUCCUGGUGGUCUGAUCACUAUGCAUGUUGUAGUUCGGCCUCCUGUUUCUGACAAAACUGAUGAGAAGCAACUCGCUAGAGCCUCAAAACAGAACAGGUGCCGUUGUACAAUUCUCUGAGGCUCUGACUACACAAACUACAGAAUCAUUUCUUGUCUGUUUGCAUUGGAGUUCAAACUUAGCACCAUCUUUGUUUGGUCCAGAAACUUCAAGUUAUUACUGUUGUUUGCAUUGUUGCUCCAAAGAUAUGCAAACUGUUUUUAGGCGGGAUUCACUAGUCAUCAAUAGAUUGAAGGGUGAAAUGUGGGAAAAACAUGUCAAGAUUUGUGGUUGUGUAAAUUGGAGUCUCAAGCAGUGAUUUGUUGUUUCUUUUAACUGUGAAAUUGGUAGUGAUUCAGUGAUUCAUUCCACAAUGUAAUUCUGUUUUGGUUUGUCUUUUAAAUAUGGUAAUAUCAAAUUCACAAUAUGAGAUAUUUGCCACUAAAAGAAAGCUAUUUAAGAUUGAUGUA